AUGGCUUGGCGUAAGUCACGGUGGGAUCCUGAAGACAAGAGUUACGAUGCUUGGGACUGUGGUCUAAGUCAAAUACCUGAUGAGAUUUUAAGAGAGCCAUUACGUCAUCAAGUUGAAGUGAUAGACCUGAGAUGGAAUCAAAUAGAAGAUUUACCUCCAAAUAUCGGGACUUUAUGGCCAGAAUUGAGAGAACUGUGGUUGAGUGCCAACAAACUGAGAUAUAUUCCGGAGUCAGUCUGUGAUCUAAAAAAGUUAGAAGUACUGUACGUGAAUGGCAACCCAUUAGAACGUCUUCCUGCAUCGCUGACAGACUUACAAAUUUGGAGACGUUUUGUGUAG